CCUAGCUGCCUCAGUCAACUUGCAACGAAGCUUCCCAAGGAUGUGAGAUAGCCCUGUGCUUACAAGUGAGAGUAACGCGUAGCGCAGUUGUGCCAAUAUUUUCUUUGCAGCUUUCGCAGGCUCAUCGCGCAAAAGGCGUGGGGAAGUCCAAAAGAGUAACCUCCUUCUUUGUUCAAGGCUACAACCGCAGUGUCCAAGAUGUCUGUCACGCCUCUGAAUGCUCUGCGUGUGUCAACGCACCAGAUUCCUUCUUACAAAGGUCUUCCCAAUACCUCCGUCCAAGGGAAACCUUUGAUGAUCUAUCACUCCGCUUUCCCUAAUCCAAAUGCAUCAAAUAUCAAGAGCCAUCUCAGAUCCGUCGGAGUGGUUUCUCCACAGUGGGAAUAUACCAUGUUCAGCGAGACCCAUUUUCAUUCAAACACCCACGAAGUCCUCAGUAUCGCCUCUGGUUCAGCCAAGUGCUGCUUCGGUGGGGAGAACAACGAAGGCCGAGUGGAACCGGUGCUGGAAAAGGGUGACGUGGUCAUUGUACCGGCCGGGGUUGGCCAUCGUUUGCUCGAGGAUUACGGUGGGUUCCAGAUGGUGGGCUCUUAUCCGACCGGCGAGAGUUGGGAUAUGUGUUACGGACGGGACGGAGAAAAAGACAAAGUCAAGGCCAUCAAGGACCUCGGCUGGUUCAAGAAAGACCCUAUCUAUGGGGAUGAUGGUCCGAGCAUCAAAGUGUAACAAUGGGAGUCACGUCGUUUGGAAGUGGAAGAGGCUAGCGAUACAUCUCAGGUGCUGCAUUUUCUGACUGUGAACAUGGGGAAGGAAAGUCGUUCCGGUCAUCAUUAUUGCUACAAGUAUCCCAUGAUGAGGCUCGAAAAGGACCAGCCAUCCUAUUUGUAUCGUCACUUCGUAUCGAUCCUCUCUACCAACCUGCAACUUGUCAGCAUUAUCCCGCAAACUUCGCAUUCCGAAUACGUACCUCAAUACACUAAUAGAGAAGGUCAUCAACCAAGCAACCAACGAAAUCAACAGAACACCACUUAAUGCUCGUGCACGAGAGCAUACGUCGUCAAAUUUGGGAGAGGUCAGAGGUGCACCUCCCACCUUGCAUGCACCUUGAUCAACCGUCAAGGACUCGAAACUCAAAGCAAGGUUUGCUGAUUGAAACACGACAAAGAACAAAUCAAGGAGAACCAGCCGUACUUUGGCA